GACUUCGAUCACGAACAAUAGUAACGAAAGUGAAACUAUGGUUAAAUCGAACUACCAAUAGUUCGACUAGACUGACGUCACAUUUUCACCAUAGUUCUACCCACCUCAUUUCAAUGGUUAGUCCAGUUCAAAAUGGCGGCCUUUGGCGGUACUUUUUGAAGAAAACAAGCAGUGAGAAGGACUAAAUAUUAAAGAGCAUGCCGAGACUUGUCAUCAAAGGAACAAAUGGCACCUCAUUCACACUGGUAUGUGAUGAGCAUGUGAAAAACCAGUUACUGUCUCCAGAUAUAGAUCCAGCAUUGAAAGACAUGGUCGUUAAAAUGCUCAUUGAAAAUCAGAAGCCUGUUCCACAAUUCCAAAGACCACCCCCUCCAGCUCCUCCACCAUCCAGUCAGUCAGAAGAAACUGAUUUCCCCUCUACAUCAGAGUCAGUUCCCUCUACAUCAGAGUCAGUUCCCUCUACAUCAGAGUCAGCGCCCUCUACAUCAGGGUAUGUGCAUGUGUGGAAUGAAAAAGAGGAAGAUAUGUUGGUCCACUUACGGCAUGAGAGGCAGGAUCUGUUCUUAAAAACAAGGAACCAUGGCAUUUUAUGGCAAGAAAUUGCAAACCAACUCUCCACCGUAUUUAAAAAUAAAAUUUCUUGCACGCAAGCAUUAAACAAAUAUAACAACUUAAAAAAGAGGUGGAAAGAAAUCAUAGAUGCAGGGACAGGAACAGAGAGAAAAGACUUUCGAUUGAAAGAGGAAUUCGAUUUGGUUUUUGGCACUAAACCAUCCGCAAAACCCUGUACAACACUGGACAGUAGCACUAGCAGUCCUAUAACUAGUGAUGAUCCCUCCCCAGAAGAAAGCCCUAGCAAAUCAGCGAGGUCUUCCCGGAAAAUUCACCCAAAACGUGUUAAAAACCUCCCCCAAAAAAGGAAAUUGCAGACAUCUAAGGUAUUGGAAGAUUUAUCAAACAGUGAAAAAGAAUUUAACUCGAAAAUUGAAAAAUUUCACAAUGAAAAGAUGGCAAGAAUGGAUAGAUUUUUGGAUCUGUUUGAGAGAAGUCUUGAGAAGAAAUAGAUACAUUUGGAUAUUUUGUUACUGAGAAUUUGAAGUAAUAAAACUUAGGGGAAAAAUUUGUGUAUGGAAAAUUUUUGAGCUGAAAAAAAUUGUGUUCAGCUGAAUUUAUGUUUUACAUUUUUUUUUUAUGGACAAUAAUGAUAAAUUUCAUGUUCAUUAUUUUGUUUUGUUUUUUUUUUUGUUUCACACCUAAUAGGUUCAUGCAAUGUACUUCAUUUUUUGAUUUUUUUUGUUGUUUUUUUAAUUUACCAAAGUAGGUUUGUGCAAUACUAUGUUUGUUUAUUUUUGUUAUACAACUUUAUUUCAAAUGUUGUUGA